AUGAAGAAAAGAAUUCAACGAAAAAAGCACAUUUUGGAGUAUAGUGAAUUUGGCUUAGGAGAUCUCUUAAAUUCAAGCUCGAUUUUUAAAACAGUCACUCCUGAAUCUUUAUCGAAAUUCACUAAUACAAUGAAAGAAAAUAAUGAUAGUCAAAAAUUUGGAAUUGAAAAUCGGCAGAGAAGUGAAUCUUUUUAUGAACUAUAAUAAAAUAGACUGAUUAAGCAGAAAUGCAUAUAAAUUUUAUAUCAGUAAUAUUUAAUUAAAUAAAUUAUAAAUCAACAAAAUAUUGAUAAUUUUAAACAAAAAUCAACUGCGUUUUCCAUAAGAAAAAAAUUUUCCAAUAAAUCAAGCUUAAGGAAGAAAAUAAUUUCAAUUGAGACUCCAAACGAUUAUUUUAAAGAAAAUGAAAAAACGGUAAAUACGUCUAUACCAACAAUUCGAUAUCAAGAAUUCAGGCAAAUUCAUGAACGGCCAAAGACUUCAACGAAAUUUAACAAUGGAGCUGGAGAAACCAGCUUUAAAGAAGUUUUUCGAUUAUAUAGACCUCAAUUUAUAAAUUUAUCAAAAAGGUCAAAACUUCGAUUUUAUUCUACUAUUAAUACUCAUGUGACUGAUGUAUUAAAAGCUCCAGCUGAAAAACCAAUUUUAAGGAUUCAGUCGACUCAUAGGAAACAAAAGCCAAAGGCUAAAGGCUCAGUGUCACCUGAAGGAAGUAUUUCAUUUUCUGACGUUUAUUGGAAGAUUGGCUAA